AUGGGCCACGAGGGCACCAAGUACGGCGAGGACGGCCGCCCCACCUGCGACUGCCUCCUCUUCGACCUUGAUGACACGCUCUACCCGGUGGCCUCCGGCAUCGGCCUGGACGUCAUGAAGAACAUCCAAGAAUACAUGGUCGAGAAGCUCGGCAUCGACAAGAGCGUCAGCCACGAGCUCUGCAUCCUGCUGUACAAGCAGUACGGAACCACCAUGGCCGGUCUGCGGGCUGUUGGGUACCAAUUUGACUAUGAUGAUUUCCACGGCUUUGUUCAUGGCAGGCUGGCCUACGAGAAGCUCAAGCCUGACCCAGUACUCAGGAACAUCCUCCUGAGCUUACCAAUCCGCAAACUCGUGUUCACGAAUGGUGACAGGCUGCAUGCUUCGAGGGCCAUGAAGAGGCUUGGGAUCGAGGACUGCUUUGAGGGGGUUCUGUGCUUUGAGACAUUGAACCCGCCAUCGCCCACUCCUGUGCCAUCCAACAAAGUCGAGAUCUUCGAUAUAGUGAAGCACCUGGCUCAUCCAGAGCCUGGGGUUGAGCUGCCAAGGUCACCAAUCCUGUGCAAACCAAACAUAGAUGCAAUGCUGCAUGCCCUCAAGCUUGCCGACAUCAAUCCUCAGACUACUAUAUUUUUCGAUGACAGCGUCAGGAACAUCCAAGCUGGGAAGCAGAUCGGAAUGCACACUGUCCUGGUUGGAACUUCUGAAAGGAUUAAAGGUGCUGACCAUGCCUUGGAGAGCCUUCACAACAUGAAGGAAGCAUUUCCGGAACUGUGGGUGGAGGCUGUGAAGGAUGAGGAUGUCAGGAACUCGAGCAAAGUUGGAAUCGAGACAUCAGUGAUCGCGUAA